CUGACAGUAUCGAACCAGAGGUGAAAAGAAACAUGAUCUGUUUCCUGUGGAUCAUCUUCCCCUCCUUGGCCUCUAUGGCACAGGCAGGGGGAUCAGGAAGUGCAGAGGUUGCUAAGGCUGCUGGAGGGGUGAAUGGGGGUGUGGGCAAUGCCGCUGGUGGCAAUGGUGUUAAUCCAGUGAUCCUCAAUGGCAUUGUAAUGAAUGGACAACUUCCUCAGCUGGUACCAGUGGGUGCUUUACUCCUCCAGCAGCCAGGGGGUGCUGUGCCUAUGAACCAGGGGGCUAUGCCAAUGCUUCCUGGACAAGGUGCGCAGCCUGGGGUUACCUUCCCCCUGGCCUUCGCUCUGCCUCAGCAGCAGCUACCGCAGCAGCAACAGCUACAGCUACUGCUACAGCAACAGCUACAGCAGCAGUUACAGCAGCAGCAGCAGCAACAGCAGCAGCAACAACAGCCUGGACUGCCUCAGGGCCAGCAUCAGCCACAGGCAGCAGUGCCGGUGUUUGCAGUGUUGCCCCAAGCUAACGGCAUGGCAGGAAUGGGGGGGCUGCAGUUCCCUUGGAUGGCAGCUGGGCAGCAAGUACAGUUUUUGCCCCUGGGAGUGGCAAAUAAUCUCCAACAGGGGGCAGGUGGGGGCCAGGGCCAGGGGCAGGGGGCAGCGGCUAAAGCCCGAGUGAAGCAUUCCGUCACUGACAAUGAAGAGCCCCUGUCAACAACCUCUGAACCAGCAAUGGUGAUGAAAAAACCGACCAUCAGACCCAUGUCCCUGGCUGAAAGACUGAAGCUCUCCGUGACUCCCCAAAGAAAAAGUGCCUGAGGAGAACAUGUGAUCAGAGCGAGACCCAAGCUGAGAUGGAGAAGAGGUUUCAGAAAAAAAAAGAAGAUUGUCAGCAGAUCUUUAAAUACACUGUGUAAAAUAUUUAACCAGCUGUGACGGACUGUGUGGAUUCAUGUUGUCAAAUUCUUUUCAAUGAACAAAUAAAUCUGUUUAGCUCACAGAAAGCCUCUGAAGUUUUUUAAUUUACACCGUGUAAAAUAUGUAACCAGCU